AUGUUCCGUAAAGGACUAUCGGAAGACGAACUUCGCAGACUUGCUGAGGAGAGUGACUUUAGUGAUAGUAGUAUGUCUGAAAGUACGUUUUAUGAUUCUGAUGCCGAUCCAGUGUACAAUGAAAAUGUUACUGAUGGUUCUUCAGACUCAUACAGUAGUGAAUAUGAGUCUCGUAGAAAAAAAGCUAAAAUUUGCAAACAAACACAAAAUUGCAAAGAAUUUACUGCAGGUUCUAGUUCUAACCAAAAGGAGGCUGAUACAAGAAGGAUAGAAAAAGCUGAAUCUGCAAACGUUAGCCUGGAAGCUGUUAUUGACGAUGUAUCAAGAAAUAAAAUAACUGCAGGUCCUAGUUGUAUCCAAAAGGAGGCUGAUACAAGAAGGAUAGAAAAAGCUGAAUCUGCAAACGUUAGCCUGGAAGCUGUUAUUGACGAUGUUGUAUCAAGAAAUAAAAUAACAUGGAGCGAUGUGCCAAAUCCAGAUGAUCUCAAUAAGUUCGAACUAUCAUUUACUUCAGGAAUAAAUCAGGAAGAACUCGCAAAACUUACAGACCACAAACCAAUAGAUUUCUACCUACUGUUUAUCGACCGUCAAGUGCAAGAUUUGUUGGUUACUGAAACUAAUAAAUACGCCGAACAAACCAUAAUCGCUGGUAUUGUAAAUGAGUCAAUAACGAAACAUUCGCUUAUGAGUAACUGGAGACCAAUUGACAGAAAAGAAUUGCUUCGAUUUUUGGCUCUCAUUAUUUGGAUGGGGUUAGACAGAAAACCGAAACUCAGAAAUUAUUGGAGUAACAAUUUACUUUACAAAAAUGAAGUUUCUAAAAUGUGUGAAAUAAGUAGAAGUCGAUUUGAAAUAUUAUUACACUUCUUUCACAUUUCAGAUAACGAGAGCUGCCCACCUGGAAACAGACUCUACAAAAUUUCUCCUCUUGUACAAAUACUAAAUGAAAAGUUUCAGAAAAUGUGUACUCCUAGAGAAUCGUUAUGUAUUGACGAAACUAUGGUGCCAUUUCGUGGUAGACUUAGUUUUUUGCAAUACAUUCCUGGAAAAAGACACAAAUAUGGAGUCAAAUUGUUUAAACUUUGCGUCGCAGAUGGAUAUACGUACGCCGUUAAAGUGUACGGUGACCAACCAUCUGAAAAGUCGUUAGCAUCCAGAGUGGUGAUGGAACUUAUGCAACCGCUUCUAGAUACAGGCAGAAGUUUAUAUACUGAUAAUUUUUAUACGAGUGUUGACUUGGCUCAUGAUUUAAAUAAUAGGAAAACCCAUUUAGUCGGAACAUUACGUUCCAAUAGGAAACAUAAUCCCAAAGCGGUAGUCAAUGCAAAAUUAAAAAGAGGUGACAUAAAGUAUCUACAGAGUAAUACAAAAGUUGUUAUCGGAAAAUGGAAAGAUAAACGGGACGUUUUAUUUUUAACGACCAAGGAUAUUCCUUUGAUGAUAGAUGUUCAAACAAAACGUGGACCUGUUCCCAAACCAUCGACCAUUGUUGACUAUAAUUCUGCAAAAUCUUUUAUCGAUGUGUCGGAUCAAAAGGCUGCAUAUAAUUCCCCUGUUCGACGAAGUAUGAAGUGGUAUCGUAAAUUGGCUGUGGAAUUACUAACAAAUACCGCACUUGUGAACUCUUUAGUUCUCUACAAAUCUGUUACUGGCAAACAUCUCUCAAUUACUGAGUUCCGUGAACAGAUUGUUCAAAGUCUUUUAAUGCCUCAAACAACUUCUGAAAACUCUUUAACAACUUCUGAAAACUCUUUAACAACUCUGCAUACGUUGGACGAGAAAGAGAAAAGGGGAAGGUGUUCAGCAUGUUACAAGAACUUUUCGAACCGUGAAGGAAGAGCAUCAGCGAUGAAGAAUGCCAAAAGGGUAUACACUUUUUGUCCGGCAUGUGCCGUUAAUACCGCAUAUAUGUGUGUUAAGUGUUUUGUGAAUAUUCAUACAUGUUCUUUGAAAAAAUAAAUUGUUUUUGUAUUUUUAAACUUAAAAUAUCUUAGGGAGAAGGUAUUUGAUUAUCUUCCUGGUGUGAGCCAAUAUGGCACACAUGGUCCACAUUAAAACAAAUUACAAAAAUAAUUAUAAAUAGACCGUGUGUACCCUGUUGGUACAUGCUGUUUUUUACUUAAAAAAUGUAUUUUGUUUUUAUUUUAGAAUAGAAAUAAAUAGUUAUACACAUUCUUAUUUCAAAAUUAUUAAAAAAAUGUUCCGGUCUGACAGAAAAAUUAUGUCAUGAUGAUCCGGGGCUUAACGUGUUAAUCAGGGUUAUCUCCCUUCAUCGUGGAAAUUGGCUUCGGUUACUCCUAUUUUUAAGAAAGGCAAUAAACUUGAUUGCAAUAAUUAUCGCCCAAUCAGCCUAGUACCUAUUGUCAGCAAGAUCAUGGAAGCCAUUAUUUCUGAGAGUUUCUCCUUCACGAAAAUGUGAUUCCUCACCAACAACAUGGUUUUAUUAAAGGUCGUUCAGCAAUCACGAAUUUACUCCAUUGUGUUAACGAUUGGUCGUCAUCUUUAAACGAUCGGCAUCCUGUUGACGUAGUCUACUUAGACUUCUCCAAAGCUUUCGACCGUGUUCCCAAGCGUCGACUACUAGCUAAAUUGGAUCACUUUGGUAUCCGCGGAAAGUUAAACCUUUGGAUUCAGAAUUUCCUAUCUGAUAGGUAUUUCCGAGUUCGUGUUGGGGAAGCAUAUUCAUCAGAUAAACCUCUCAAGAGCGGAGUUCCACAAGGAUCGGUACUUGGACCACUUCUCUUCUGUGUCUAUACAAGCGAUCUUCCACUUAUUAUAUCUAGUAAGGUUUCCAUUUACGCUGAAAGUUGUACGUUAAUCCUAUUGUUAACCAACAUGUUCUUCAACAUGAUCUCGAUACAAUAUUGAAGUGGUCCUUGGAAUGGUUACUUCCUCUAAACAUUGAGAAAUGCGUUGUACUACACAUUGGCAAGAACAACCCGUCACGACAUCCCUUAAGCACGGUAACCUCCCACAACGACCUCGGAGUGAUAAUUAACAGUGACUUAAAUUGGUCGGAGCAUAUUGUGUCGGUGUGUAAACGUGCAAACUCGAAACUAUUUCUGAUACGUAAGUGUUUUACACGUAUUUCUUUAAAUUCCAUGUGCAGACUUUAUUCAAUAUACGUCAGACCUACUCUUGAGUUUGCAGGACCGGUUUGGAAUCCAGAUCUCGCUCGUGACAAGGUAUUAAUCGAAAAUGUGCAGCGUAAAGCUACAAGACUCGCAUUCGGCCGCGUAAGACCUUGUUAUGAAGAUAGACUCACCAUGGCUCAUCUAACGACUUUCGAGCGUCGACGUCUUCGAGGUGAUCUAAUUUUGUGCUUCCGAAUUCUGAAAUACAACUUUGGAAACCUAAAUACCAUGUUUACCAUAAACCGAGAUGAUAGAUUAAGAGGCCACCAAUACAAAUUAAAGAAGGAGCAGGCAAUAGCACGGUCCAGAGUAAACUUCUUGCCUAACAGGAUAUUUAAUAUUUGGAAUAAUUUAGAUCGGGACACCAUAUCAGCAACUACAGUGAAUACGUUUAAAAACAGACUGGAUACGACAAUAUUUCAUACAUAAAAAUUGCACGAUGUUAAAUUUUCUAUGGAUAUUUUACUAAUAUCUCUUAUUUUAUGUAACUGUCAGUAGUUAUUUUACAUUGUUAUUUUUCUUUGUUUUUGGGCAUAAUAGGAGCUUGCUCCUCUGCCCUUACUUGUUAUGUAAUAAUAAUAAUAAUAAUAAUAUCAAUACUUGUAUUGUUUUGACUAUAUGUACUUUAGCAUGUUUAUAUUAGGUUAUCCUAUUUCAAAUAAAGUAUUAUAUUAUAUAUUAUAUUAUGGGAGAUAUGCAGUGCUGUUUUUGUGACGGUACACGCCGGUACGCCGUACCGGUACCUCUUGGGACAAAAAAUAAGAAAAAACAACAAAAUUAUAGACAAAUUCCUGAAUUUUUUCCUUGCUUCCAAAUAGCUUAAAACGACCUUAUUGAGGCUAAAUUUAAAACAUUUUCCCGGGUACGGAUCCUCUUACGAACAUUCCCCAGACUCACCGGAACCUAUUGCAUGCCGGAACCUAUAUUGUUACAAAAACAGCACUGGAGAUAUGUAUUAUUCGCCUUAGUCAUAUUUAGAGAGAUAGUUUUUUGUGUCUCCUGUAAAAUUUGGAUAAAUGGAGUUACGCAGUUUACAGAUUAGGUUGAUGACAUUUUCCAUAUAUCAUAAAAGUUAUGUUGUUGAUGUUAAUUAUUGAUAAGUUUAUUUUCUUUGCAGUUGACUUCUUCCAGUCUUGACUCCAAACUUCGUGAAGAUUUGGAAAGGAUGAAGAAAAUUCGUGCCCACA